CUGUCAGCACCACAGAAGCUCCGACUUAACAGCCCUCAUCACGCUGGUUUUCUUUGUAUUGCUAACGGUCACACGCCCCUGAGGAACUUGCAACAGCUGCCAAACUUCCGACUGCUUAACAUCAACCUAAACUCAAUGGUCAAGGACAGUGUUCUCGUGCACUGGUAUCUCAAGGAUGACUGGAACCAUAGUCCCUUUCGUGUCAACCAUUUGAGCGACGCCUUGAGGCUGCUCGUGCUGUGGAAGUACGGUGGGGUCUAUGCAGACAUGGACGUCCUGACCCUCAAGAGCUUCAGUGAACUACGGAACGUCGUCGCUCGAGAGCUCUUCCCUGACGUCGGCAACAGCGUGAUGGUCUUCGACAAGGGUCAUCCCUUCCUUUCGCGUUGUCUUCAAGAAUUCAGUAGCACGUACAAGGCGCGCAAGUGGGCCCACAAUGGCCCCAGGCUUCUCGAGCGUGUGCUGUCUUGGUUCUGCCCGAGGAACCUUCUCGGCAAGGUGCCCCUUGUGGAGUGCUCCGGUCUCACAGUUCUACCAGGCACCGCCUUCUACCCCAUCAACUACAUGGAGUGGCAGAAAGCAUUUCAGAGAAACCAUACGGCGUCAGUGCUGCGGGCCACGAGCGAUAGCUACGCCCUACACCUGUGGAACUCGUACAGUCGGACAGCUGCAGUUGAGCGUGGCUCCGCUUAUGACUUGCUUCGAAAAAAGUUGUGUCCGAUAACGAACAGGCUGACGAAAAAAACGGCCAUAAGAAAAAUGUCGAACGAUGAAGAAGCACGAACUGCAAAGAGCCGGCAAACAAUAAAAUAAUAAUUGUUCGUUUUUUUACCUCGCA